CACCGUCCCAUCCUGAUCCUCCUCGCCUCUUCUCUUCUUUCUCGAAUCCGCGUCAGACAUUUCAACCUGGACAUCACUGCCGGCGCCGGUCCGGCGGUCCCCGAGCCCAGUCACUCUCCCUCAAACCCAAAGGGAAAAAAGGCAGCCACGGCACUACGGCAGCGAGCAGCCGGAAGAAGCGUCGGUCCAAGCCGAAGCCGAAGCUUCCAGCUCACUGACGUCUCCCUCUCCACUCCGUCACUGCCCUGCGGGUCCCACCCCCUUCCCGCGGAAACCGAGCGGCCACCUCGCCAGCCUGAUCCUUCCUUCUUCCCCCCAUUCUUCUCGUUUCCGAAUCCAGGGGCAGAUAUAUAGCGACGCCGCAGCCAAAGAACCAAGCAUUUCUUUUUCCCUUUCCCUCUGCUCUCCCUCUCUGUAAAGGUGCAGCUUUUCGUUUCGUUUCGCUUUUGGAGGUGGGCUAGCCGCUAGCCUCGCUCAAUUGGCAUGGGCGCGGCGGUGCGGGCUCUGCCUCUGCUCCUGGCCGUCGUUGCGGCCAUGGCGGCGGGGGCGGAGGCGCUGAGCCUGGACGUACACCACCGGUACUCGGCGGCGGUGCGGGGAUUGGCGGGCCACCUCCGCGCGCCGCCGCCGGCAGGGACGGCGGAGUACUACGCCGCGCUGGCGGGGCACGACCUCCGCCGCCGGUCGCUCGCCGCCGCUGCCGGAGGAGGAGGUGCUGGGAACCUCGCCUUCGCCGACGGCAACGACACCUACCGCCUCAACGAUUUCGGAUUCUUGCAUUACGCGGUGGUGGCGCUGGGGACGCCGAACGUGACGUUCCUGGUGGCGCUCGACACCGGCAGCGACCUCUUCUGGGUGCCCUGCGACUGCAUCAAGUGCGCCCCGCUCGCCUCGCCCGACUACGGGGAUUUGAAGUUUGACAUGUACAGCCCUCGCAAGUCAAGUACUAGCCGAAAGGUGCCAUGCAGUAGCAGCUUGUGUGAUCCCCAGGCUGACUGCAGUGCUGCAAGUAACAGCUGCCCCUACAGCAUCCAAUACUUAUCGGAGAACACUUCGUCGAAGGGGGUACUGGUUGAGGAUGUCCUGUACCUGACUACUGAGUCUGGGCAAUCGAAGAUUACUCAAGCACCCAUAACAUUUGGCUGUGGACAGGUCCAGUCAGGUUCAUUUCUAGGCAGCGCUGCUCCAAACGGUCUGCUCGGGCUCGGCAUGGACAGUAAAUCAGUUCCUAGCUUGCUAGCAAGCAAAGGAAUUGCUGCCAAUUCCUUCUCUAUGUGUUUCGGAGAAGACGGUCAUGGUAGAAUCAACUUUGGGGACACAGGAAGCUCAGACCAGCUGGAAACUCCAUUGAACAUUUAUAAACAAAAUCCUUAUUACAACAUUAGCAUCACAGGAGCUAUGGUGGGUGGUAAAUCUUUUGAUACCAAGUUCAGUGCAGUCGUGGACUCUGGUACCUCGUUCACCGCUCUCUCUGAUCCAAUGUAUACCGAAAUCACUAGCACCUUCAAUGCACAAGUCAAAGAGAGCAGAAAGCAUCUUGAUGCUUCAAUGCCGUUUGAAUAUUGCUACAGCAUAAGUGCUCAGGGGGCUGUUAAUCCCCCAAACAUAAGUCUGACGGCCAAAGGUGGGAGCAUAUUUCCUGUUAAUGGCCCAAUAAUUACCAUAACGGAUACUUCUUCGCGCCCGAUUGCCUAUUGCUUGGCUAUUAUGAAGAGUGAAGGCGUUAACUUAAUUGGGGAGAAUUUCAUGUCUGGGCUGAAGAUUGUUUUCGACCGCGAAAGGCUGGUCCUGGGCUGGAAAACAUUCAACUGCUACAACUUUGACAACUCAAGCAAGCUUCCAGUAAACCGGAAUCCUUCCGCCGAUCCUCCAAAGCCUGCCCUCGGACCAAGCAGCUCUAAUCCUGAAGCCGCAAAGGGCGCUUCGCCAAACAUCACCCAGAUUGACGUGCCCCACUCUUCAUCCAGCUCGGAGACCCGAUUGCAUUUGAGCGGAACCUUCUUGUCUGCCACCAUUGCCCUGCUCUUCCUGGCGGCCCUUGAUCAGCUGCCUGCCAUUUACAUUACAUUGUAUUGAUUUAAGAGUUUACAUAUAUAAUCACACCCUUCAUUUCUUUUUUGUAGUUCCCAUAGGACUCAGGGUAGAACACAGGAUGAGUUGCACAGGUGACAGGUAGCGGGUAGCGGAGGUCAUUUUUACUCGAUUUUUUGACAUGUUGAUAUGUGUCCGGUAAUAAUGCAUUCCUCCAGGGGUUUGUAACGAGGUGGAUGUGCAUGUAUAUGUAGAGAACAUUUUUAAAAAAAACUAUAUGUAGAGAAUCUUGGAUGUGUUGAGUGAGCCAUAGGAUAUAAAUAAAAUGAACAAUGAUAGUGCCCUAUAUACUUUGUA